ACAGCUAGUGAGGCUCAAACCAACAGGAAAGAGCGGCUUUUCGUUUCUUUUCGGUCAGUCAGGUGACAAGUACAUCCGUUCCAAUACAAACUCAGCUCUGGAAGAGAAUCGCAUUAGGUUAUCUAUUUGUUCACUGCUCUAUGCAACUAGCCAUCUUAGUGGAGCUGCUUUCCAAACUGCCUGUCCUCACAGACAGAUUCUUUGACACACAGACACUGUGAAACUAUCUAGUGAUGAGGAAGUUGUCUAUGAUUUCCCAGUUUGAAGACUGAAACCUGCAAGCUCUCCGAUCGAAGGACUGCGGUGAUUCCAAGCAGAAUGGGGUGCUGUAGCGUGACCCAGAGGCAUUCUGGGACUGAUCAGGUUGGGCCUGAAGAAAUGGAGCUCCUAGAAAUAGGGAACGGAGGUAUAUGGUCUCUAGGUGAGACAAGCCACCGUGUUCCACUACAAAACACAUCAGGAUAUUCUGCUGAUUUCGCUCCUCAGAGCCCAGUAUCCAGUGGAAUAUCGAACAAAACUCUGCAUGAGGCUGUACUUUGGGGGCAGACUAGAGAAACUCUCCAUAGCAAGAUAUAUAACGAUCAUAUAGACGGCUGGGAAGGACAGGCCAUCCACACCUACAGAGAAAUAAUCUGGUCCUCGUUAGCAAAUCUGUUCAACAGUCAUACUCAGGAAAGAAGUGAAAUAUAUCUGGUUUUGUUUUCUUUCCAUCUGCUAAUAUUAGCUGUGGACCAUGAUAAAAGAGGGUUUGUGUACCAGGGGAUUCUCCCUCUCUCAGGAAUGACCAUACAAGAAGUAAACAACAGUGAAAAUGUUUCAAACAUGUUUGAAAUUACAGCUCCAAUGGUUGAGCCUAAGAUGGUCAUCUGCACCAGUCCUACAGAGCGGAGGUUCUGGGUUGAUAACAUCAGGGACCGGGUGCAGAAAUCCAUGACACAGCACAUGGUGCCCUUUCAGAGUGUUUUAUCCUGUUUGAUGCCUUUUGAUGAGAAGUGGAAGAAAAAUGAGCUGGAGAAGCAUUUGCUGCUCAAUCCAAUAUUGAACUGGGAGGGAACUCCAAUCCAACACCUGGGAAACAUACAAUCUAUAUCUAUGGUUGCUGUCACCAACUCAAACCAGGAGGGAAAUCAAACAAGACUUCUAGUGCUGUUUCCCAGUGAGCUAGUUAUACUGUCCUUUGACUUUCAAAGAGCCAACGUCCUUUAUCAGGGACGUCUACCCCUAACCAGCAUCCAGGCUGUGGAGAAAUCAACACUGCUGGGAAGACUGGAGUUUGAAAUUACAGGGGACAUGAUGGAGCCCAUGCUCGUCUCCUGCUUCUCUUCUGAAGACUAUGAGAACUGGCUCUUCCGACUGCAGAAGCCUGAACAAACUUUCAGUGCCAUCACAGAAGAGCCUCCCCCUCUGAUACCAAAGAAGCAGAAGAGUUAAUCCUGUGGUGCCACUGCAGAUGAGAUGAAAGCUAUGGACUUUGCAUAACAGGUGUCAACCACAGUCACCUUGUAUCUACCCUCCCAAAAAUGAUGAACAGAAGAAUAAAACACACGUGAAUCCAACGUCUGCUAGAGGGUCUACAGUUUACACUAAAAGUAUGGACAAACGGUUCCUUUCAAAGACGUGCUGAAUAACAAAUAAUGGAGAGUAUUUAUUUUAAGAAGCUGCUUGAAAUGUAUUCACCCUUAACUGUAAAGCAGAGAACAGCAUUUCCAAAAUAAAAAAAAAACAGAUCUGUUUAUGAUACGCCACAGCUUCUGUGAGGCUUGCUGGGUUCUGCUAGGCCUUUGUUACUGCACUUUAAAAACAAAGUAUCUUGUUUUUUCUCACAGUCCAGUCAGAUAUGGUUGCUAAAACUAUGACUGUGUUGGUGUAACACAGAUAUGUUAAGAAUUACUAUAAAAUAUAAGGUACUGCAUCUUCUGAGUCACGUCAAAGAAAGAAAGUGGUGGUUAUGUGUUUACCAUCGAUGAAGGAACUCCAUAUUUCAACGGUGUAGUUAAGCUCAAUGACAAUGGCUUGGCUUCCUGUCAGAAAUAUACAUCUGCUAAGAAAACGUGCUUAAUAAAAAGCUGUAGUUCUGUAUGGCAAUGCUGUGAAAAUUUGUAGAGUUGAAUGAAACAAGGGUCUGGAAUAAAAAUGGACAAGAAACUAAAACUCCCACAAAAAGUGUUCUAAAACAAGACUUCUCUGCAACUUCCCACAAUGUGAUUCUAAACAAGAAAAAAAAAUACAUUAGUUAAAAUAACUGUGAUAUUCCAGACCUGAAUCAAGUUACUCUUUACGUCAACCAUGAAAUGGCAAUGUAAUAUAAAAUAAAUAUAAAACAUAUUGAACAGCCUCCAUGCUUAAUGUUCUGUAUGACUGAAAUUGUUUUUUUGUUUUUGUGAACGUGAAUGUAAUGUGAAAAAAGAAAGUAGUUACUGAAGAGUUUUUGCUAUAUAAAUAUGAACCAACAUCUGUCGCCGUUAUCAGAAAUAUGAAUCUGUCCACUCUUGGGACAUCAACAUUACCUCAUCAUUAACUGGCACGUUUGUAUUUGAGCAGUUGGGAUUUUACUAGAAAAAAAUAAACAAAAACAACUUUUAGUUUGAGUUUCUUACUGAAUCACUUACUGUCUAUGCUGCAAAAUGUGUCUGAACCACUGUCAGAAUGGAAGGUGACAUUUAAGUGGUUUUCAGGGAAAUGCCAAGCUACUGUAUAUGUGAACUGUAGUGCA